UUAUAAUAUUAUGUCCAUGGUUUUUUGUGUUCAACAGUUCAAGAUAAUUCACCUAAUUUUUCUCAAUUUAAUCUUAUGUUUCGUUUUCGUGUAUGAAGGGAUAAAAAAAGUUGUACCUAACAGUCCGUUCGACGUUAUUAAUUAUUAAUUACUGAACAAGCUCAAGGUAUACAGUAUACUUACCUAUCUAUUAACAAGUUUUUAUAUCACCAGAUAUAACCCCUAGACUAUGUAUGAUUCAGCUUGUGAAAAUAAUAAAUUAGUGAAGUUUUUCAGUGAAUCUGCAAAGCCUUUAGGUAGCUCUACUGUGAGUUUCCUCUUCAACGUCCUGUCACUGUUAAUUCUUCUCUCAAAUUUACUUAGUAUGGAUUAGACUGUUCAAAAUGAUGAUGAUGAAGGAUGGUCCAGUGUGUAAUAUUCUUUUUGAUGAUGAUUUUAAUAAUGGUAAUUAUUUAGAGGCGCUACACCCACAUGCAUUCUCUCUGUCUUAUAAACGCAUAACAUACUAAAUUGUACGCUCAGCACAUCACAUUCAGCUUUGUUGGUUUAAAAAUUAGAGCAAAUUGACCUCUUAUAAAAUUUAAAGAAUACUGUUAAACAUAAAAACAAUAAUCAAUCUAUUCCUGUUUAUGUCUGUAUUCAAAAUAAUUACUCUGAUGGGAAAUCAAGUACUACUUGCUCUUCAAAUAAUAAAAAUGCUGUUAAACAUACAGAUUGCAGUCUUCCUAACAAUACUAAUGAAGAAGUUUCUGUGAUAAAUACAGUUCCUCAAUAUGUAAAUAUUUAUAGUCAAUUAAAUAUAAUGACGCAAAAACAAAUUAUUUUAUUCAAAAACAACUUAGUCAACGACUAUAGUGUCCACGUAUAGAACUGUAGAAGCUGCUAAGCCUUUCUGCGACGUUGAUUCUUUAUGGUGCACCAUCAUGGUGUCCUCACAAAACACUCGGCCGACUAAUAAUUUAAACACGACCACCGUCCAUUGGUCCCGGAGGUUGAAGAGUGAUUUAAAUAAUACAAAUAAGAUAGUUCAAUAUAGACAAUUAUGUUAAUGUGUGCGUAGUAAGUGGUAGCUGAGCGCUUCCUCAUUUUCAUAGAAUUUUCCCAUACUAUUGAUACUCCUUAAGACAAUAUAAUUGCAUUUUAAGUAUAAUUAUAUAACACAGAAAAAAAUCAACCAAUCAGAAGUGGAGAAUUAUGACAUGGGCUGGAGGUGAAACAGAUGUGCAUACUGAAAAAAAUUACAACCAACUAUGACGAUACAUAUCUAAUUUGGGGCUGUGAUUGUGAUGGCUGUUGAAAGAGUAUCUAGAGUAUCUACAAGUUACAACUGCUAUCGCCACUACUGACAACCAACCGCAACACCAUCGCGGUAAAAUUUGGUGGAGUUUUUUGACAUUUUCAAGCAUAGAAUAUUACAAUUUCAAUAUACAAUAUAAUAUAGAAUAAUAAAGAUGAUAGGUAAUUCAUAAUAAUAAAAUAAUAUGUCAACAUAGCAAAUAUAUAAUGUUAAUAAUACUAAUACCAGGCACAUUAUAUAUUUUUGAAUAAUAAAAUAGUAAUCAGAAAUUUCAUUUUGUAAAACGGUUAAUAUUAAUGUGGAAAUAUUUUAAAAUUAUUUAGGGACCUAAAUUAUAAUGAAAAAUGAGGUUAAAAUGUAAUAAUAAUAAUAAAUUAAAAAACAACAAUAAUAAUAAUAAUGAAUUACGUAUAAUAUUGUCUAAUGUCUAUAUUGUCAUAUUCAAUGUCAUAAUAUAUUAAACGUUUAAAAAAGUAUUGUUUUAUUUAUUUUGCUGUUGGCACGCUAUGUAUGCCAACUUUUCUACAUAUAAAUUUAAUGAUUCUAUUGAUUUCAUUAUUUUGAAAUUCCGUCAUCACUGAACUUAUAAAUUUUUGUUUUUAUAAUAUUUCUUGGUGUCUAUUAUUUAAAUUUAAACUGCGAAUUUUUAUAUAUAAUAUAUCACAUUGUACUUGCUUUAAGACAUAUACUAAUGAUAAUGUUUAUAAAUUUGAGCUACUAACACUUAAGUGAUUGUCGACUGAUACGUAUGUCUGUGAAACACAACCCAAUACACUAAUAAAUAGUUUUGAAGUAAACUUUGUUUCAAUUAAUUCAUAACGAAUUAAAAUGUUUUCAGAAAUUUUUAUCUGAUAAAAAGGUGCAAUUAAAUAUAAUACAAAUAAAUACAAUUGGCAAAUAAUAAAAUUCAUAAAAUAAUGCAAAAUAAUUAAUAACUGUGUAGCACGAUAUUUAUUUAUUUAUUUACAAAUAAUUAUUUUUAAUAAUUCCGGUGUGAUUUGAAAAAAUCAAUUUGGAGUCGAACAUUACUACAUGAUCUUUAAUAUUAUAUACAAGUUUGUGUGUUAUUCCUGAAAUAGAAUAAUUAAAAUUAAUCUGGUUUUUUGUUAUGGUGUAACGCAUGCAUUUUAAUAUUUGAUGCAAGGCAAUUAUUUUCAGACCAUAAGACUAAGUUAUUAAUAUUUAUAGACAAUAGUCAUAAUAUUUUUUGUUUGAAUAACUCGACUUUAGUUUAUCGUAUCUGUUUCUGUUCGAUAACCAUAUUUUAAUGAUCUUAGGACUUAGAGGUAUUGACUAUUGAGGUUAUACUUUAUGUUCAACAAUUAUUUGGCAAAAUACAUCCCUCAUCCUCUAGAGCCAAUAAUAACAAGAUGGGGGACAUACCGCAAAUUAUUAUUCCAAAUAAUAUGAUGAAACUAAAAAUAAAGUAUAUCUAUGUUGGAUCCUGAUACUGAAUUUCCAAGGGAAAAGAAAUUUUUCAGAGACCUGAUAUAAAGUCUACUCUAUUAUAUAUUGUGUUUAAUUUUAGUUUUUUGGGUGAAUCAGUAUCAAAGUUAGAAAAUACCAAGAUUCCGUUGAGUGAAAGCUAAAAAAUUAUUGAUUUAUCAAUUAAAAAAAAUAAUGAAUUAGAGGGUCCAACAGCUAAACUAUUAAAGAAAAAAUGAACGACGGUUUAAAUAAAAAUUCGGGACUGAAGACCAUUAAAUAUAUAGAAAACAUUCUUUGUGGUAUUACGAAUAAAAACACGAUGGAGCUCAAUCUUUCGCCUAGUGAAAAAAUGCCAUGAAGUAUGCACUCAUAAAAUCUUGUGAUGUGUAACGCUCUAUUAGUAAGUAUAAGUCAGUGUAAACCAAAUCGCCGUAAUUUUAAUUUUAAAAAUUCAAAACAAUACCUAUAUGAUUUGUCAUUGUUUCAUUUUGAAUUGAUAAAAAAUAAAAAUAUGUACAAUAAAAUAAUUACAUGACAUUACAAUUUACAGCGAUAAAGGUACUGUAAUCGGAAAUAGGGCUUAAAGUCAGUAAAGUGUAAGCAUGAUGCUCAAUGAUUAUAUGGCGAAGACAAAUGUUUCCAAAAUCCAGAACAUCAUAGAGUUCAUAAUAUAGAAUUCAAUGAUCCAGAAUGACCUUAGCGCUUUUUUGCCGCAAUGGCGUUUGAUGAACUAAUACAGUGCUACCAUUGAUUAAAUAAUGUACUAUUAGGUAUACAAUAUCAUAAAAUCAAUGGUGCCACUAUUUGACAAGAAUCAUAAUUUUGCAUAUGAUUAUAAACAACUGAUCUCUUGAUUAUUAUGCAUCAUUCUAAUAAAACAAAUUUUUUAUAAGACGUAUUUUUUUUUAAACGAAUAUACCUAAUAUACAACCUGUAAAAUCGAAAAUUCAAUAAUUAAUAUGUAUAAAAAAAAAAAUCAUGUUGCACAAUUUUAUUAUUCAUUUAUUUAUUAAUAUUAUUUUAUGGGUAAAAAAUUUAUUUUAUUCAAUCUUACUAUCCAAUUAAAAGUAUUUUACAUUUAUUAAUCAUUAAUAAAUUUAAAAAAACUGGUGUUAGGAAUUUGUUUGUUUAAUCCGGUACGACGUAAUUGCCAAAUAAAAUAUAAGUAAAUAAUAAUAAUAAUAAUAAUAAUAACAACACUAUAUCUUUGUAUAUGAUAAAAAAGAUACCUAUGUAUAUGUUUAUCACACAAAUAUAAAGCUUGUUUUAUGGGAGGUACCUACCGAAAACAAACUGUAUACUAAAAAAUCGUUUUGAUGAUAAUUUUAUGUGGAAACUGUUUAUACUGUAAUACUGUUUACUAAAAUCAAUUAAUCAAAAUAAUAUUACUAAUCUAUAGUAUUUGGUACUGUGUAAUGUGUAGUAUUACUGUGAUGUAGUCUAGUAGUCGUCUUCAGUCCAUGGUCUUUGUAAUAUUAUGUUGAUUAUGACAACUGACAACAGUACAGUAUUUUUUGUAAACACUUGACUUCUUUGUCUACUUGUCUAUGCACUAAACAUUUUUUUUGUCAAUUUUUAAUUAUGCUGGUUGUAUAUUAAACAUAAAGUUAACAUUAAGUUAUAAAGUUAUGAUAUUUAUUUGUGUAGUAUAAUUAAUUAAUUUUUAUUAUUACUAUUAUUGAGUAUUUUAUUAAAUAUUAUAAAUUUGUUGUAAUACAGUAACAUUCAUAGUUGAUUAUUAUUUUUAACUGAUUGUAAAAAAAUAAAAUUGUUUUCAUCAUGGCUUCAGCGGAUCCAACGGGUGUUACCAAAACUUGGGAACUUUCACUAUACGAAUUACAUAGAUCUCCUCAAGAGGCUAUUACAGAUAACACCGAAAUUGCUGUAUCCCCACGAAGUCUACAUAGUGAACUAAUGUGUCCAAUAUGUUUGGAUAUGUUGAAAAAAACAAUGACUACUAAAGAAUGUCUCCAUAGAUUCUGUUCAGACUGCAUUGUGACUGCUCUCCGUUCAGGUAAUAAAGAAUGCCCUACCUGUCGUAAGAAACUAGUAUCUAAACGAUCGCUACGUCCUGAUCCAAAUUUUGAUCUUCUUAUAUCUAAGAUUUAUCCUAACCGUGAUGAAUAUGAAGCACAUCAAACUAGAGUGUUGGAAAAGUUAAAUAAUAGUCACAGUCAGGCUAAUUUAGUUCAGUCAAUAAAUGAAGGUAUUAAAUUACAAACUCAAAAUCGACUACAACGUACCAAAAAAAACCAAAAUGAAGAACUAAAUGAGAGUAACUCAUCAACUACUCCAAAACCUUCAAAUAGUUCAGGUCAAGAUAAUGUAACAAGAACAAUGGUACAAACAAAAGUGGCAAAGAAGAUGAAGUCUGUUAUGAUUUCAGAAAAAGAAGGACCCUCUGCAACUGUUGACACCUCAGAUAUAACAGAAUGUGAUGGUACACCAAAAGGUGUGUCAGCAGAUGAAAUAGAACUAGUGUUUAAACCUCAUCCUACAGAAAUGGCCAAUGAUAAUCAGUUGAUCAGAAUUUUGAAAGAAAACUCUGUUCGUUAUAUAAAAACAACGGCUAAUGCAACUGUUGAUCAUUUGAGUAAGUAUUUAGCUAUGCGAUUGACGGUAGACCUUGGCUCAGAACUUCCCGAACAAACUCUCAAUUUUCUUAUCUAUGUUGCAUCAACUGCUGAUCAAUUGGUUCCUCUCAAUGGCAAUCAAACACUCCGAAAUGUACACGAUAAGUAUUGGAAAGUUAACAAGCCGCUGGAAAUGUUCUACUCUUUUACUUAAAUUUUUUUUUUAUUAUUGGUUUCUUUAGUUUAUUAUAAAGAAGGCUGGACAAGUUAACUAUUUUUUUUAACUCGUUAAGUUAAGUUAAUAUAAGGUAAUGACUAAUAGUAAUGGGUAUACAAACGUGAUUGAGAUACUGAAAGUAAAUAGUUAUAUUUAUCUUUUAUUGAUGACGCAGUUACCCAUAAAACAUUUCUGUUUAUAAUAUAGGUAUAUAAUAUAUUCUAUGAAUAUGCAAUAUAAUAACUAUUAUUUAUUAGGUAAUAUUUCUGAUUAUUAUUAUUUUUUUUUAUAAAAUUUAUUUUUACAAAUUGAAUAUAUUUUUAAUCAGUGGUUUAGGAAUAAAAUAAACUUGACAUGACAAUGAAAUAAAUUAACUCGUAAAUAUAACUCAAUUAUAACCCGUUAAUGUCCAGUCUUGCUUAUAAAUAGUUAUAACUGCCUAGUACAUUUUAUAAGUACCUAUAUAAUAUAUUUUUAUUUGCUAACAAAAAUUAAUAAAAAUAAAAAUGUAUAAUACCUUACAUAAUGUAAUUUACUUGGUAAUUAGGUACAUAACUCUUUUAAAUAAGUUCAAUAAUUUAAGUAAUGUAGUUUAUAAUUAAAACAUAAAUUAAAUUUUUUAAAAAUAUUUAUAAUUUUACUUUUAUAUACCAUAAAUGAAUAGGU